GACACGUGUGUUUUACGCUGCAUUAACGUACACGAUACACAUUUUAAACAUGAACGCUUCAACGUUCAAUGCUUCUAAGACAAGAGUGCUGGGUUUUCCGAGGAGUUCCUGAAGGCCUCGGUGAUGAUCCACCUGAGGCAUCUUUAAACAGAAACGAAAUGAAACGAGAAGAAACUCCAGGAUCCUCUGUUUGUUUCUGUGCUUUCUGUUGUUGACACGUGUCCGCUGCAGGUUUCCAGCUUGAAAUGAAAGAGAUGGCUGACGGGUGUGACAGCCGCGGGACACCCUCGCCUGCCUCCAGCUCCCCAGUGUCGUCCCCUUGCUGCAAAUCAUCCCAAACAUGGCUGCCAGUUGAAUCUCGCUGCUUGAGUGAUCAAAUGGAGCAGGAUGACGAUUCCGGGCACCAUCGAGUUGGGAUGCAGACAAGUGAGCCUCGUUCACCGUGUGUCUUUGAGGAACUGUUUUGCUCCAGCCAGGGUUCAGUCCCUCUGACACCUCUGGCCGGCGCCCUCAUGGCCUCCUCCUGGCCGCAGAGCGACGUGGUGAAACAAGGUUACCUGGGGAAGCUGGAGCGAAGCCACAGGAGAUAUUUUGUCCUGAGAGCGGGAAGCCACAUGGGGCCGAGCCGGCUCGAGUGGUACAAAAGCCAGGAGAAGUUCACAGCGAUGAGGAAGUCUGCCGGCAAAGCUGCGCUCUUUGGAUCGAGCAAGCAAGGGGUGAUUUACCUGAGGUGCUGUCUCGGUGUGAGUCGGACCGGCAGUUCCAGGAAAGGACACACGGUGGCGGUGUAUGCAAAGGAUCAGACCAUGGUGCUGGUUGUGGAGGACCAGCAGGAACAAGACGAGUGGUACGUUGCCAUUAAGAAACUGAUGGAGGAAGAGCGGAGGGAUGAAGAGCAUAUUGAUGAAGAGGAUGAUGGGUAUUGCACGCUGCCCCCUGCUGGAUUUUUCAAAGAGGUGUGGCCUGUCUUGGUGAAGCCCAGAGGUCUUGGUCGCUCAAAGUCCCUCGGUGGAGAGACGCGGCUCUGCCUCACAGCAUCCUCGCUCAUCCUGGUCAAACUGGGCGCAUACAGUGAUUUGCCGUCGGUUACGAUACCUUUGUUGAGCGUUCGGCGCUUCGGCCAUCUGGACGGCUUGUUCUUCUUGGAGCUCGGCAGGUCGGCACCUGACGGCCCUGGAGAAAUCUGGAUGGAAGCAGGAGACCAAGGAAACCCAGGAAUUGCCCAGCACAUUCACGAGGUGGUUCGGGCAACAGUCCACGCUCUACGAGCUCUGCCAGACUUCAGCCAGUCGCCGACCUCCAGCCAGCCUCAAGCACUUCUGCUGGCAAAACGCAGCAGAAAUAAAUACAGAGACAAGUCGGUUAACGUGAGGCCACUGACGCUAUCUCCCAGAAACACUGACAUCCAGACGAGUCCAACGCAGUCUCAUGUCAGGUCCAGCAAACUAAAUGCUGUCGGAUCCCAGCGGAGCUCCGUGCCUGAGACCGGCAGCUACAUGGAGAUGAAGACCGAGCACUGCGGUGAUGCAGCCCGCAGGUUAGAGAGCUGGGAGCUGGAGGAGGAAGAGGAGGAGGAGGAAGAGAAAGGGCUGGGGUACAUGAUGAUGUCUCCACAGGGCAGCCGCAGCUCAUCUGUGUCGCCUCAGGAUGAAUAUGUGCUCAUGGAAAGUCCACACAAACACAACCGGCCCCCAUCAUCGUCCCCCUCCUCUGGUCUUCACACAUCAUUCUACAGCUCCACCUCUGACGACUACUCUCCUCUGCGUCCAUCACAUCAUCAGACCAAUGAGCUCAGUCAGUCCAACAGUCAGAAAACAGAACCUGACCAAUCACAGACGAGCAUCGGCUUCUCCACUCGACCGGCGGAUGAGUCAGCAGCUCAGCACAAACACCACCCGGCACAGACCAGAUCCACGUCUUCUCCUCUGCGGAGCGUCGACAGACCCGACACGAUGAAGAGUCCAAUGCAGGACAGUCCGAACUCUGACACAGGCCGGUCCAGUCGAUUCCACGCUGUCCCAGACCAGUCUGCUGUUAGAAGAUACCGGCUCUCGUCCUGUCUGAUGUCUUGCUUGCAAUCUGAUGACGGCUCCUGAGUCAUCAUUCAAUAUUUUGCUCAUGUUGCUGCUGCUCUUCUUUUGGGAUCAUGAGUCUUAACACUGGAGAAAAAUAGUUGUUUUUGUAAAUCACUUUAAGUUUCUUAUGUGUCUCAUUUUGUAUUUUUUGUUUGUUGGUUAUUUUUGAAGAAUCGGUGAAAUUUAAGUACACAGCACUUGAGGAUGUUGCACUGCCAUUGGAUGUAAACAGAAAAAAAGAAUAAAGUCAAGAGAAUA